AUUUAAAACUUAUCUUACAAAAACUACACCUUUUCAAAGAGAAUAAUAUACUUUUUUGGGAACAAUAGUUGUUAUAUUUUAAAACUAUCCAACACGCAAAAGACUUGUUCCUUUUAAUAACACUUCUUUUUUAAUUUGAUCGCGGGCUCAGAAAAGGCUCACGCUUUGAUCGUGGGCCACUGUGUCGUGGGCGCAUGUGGAAAAAUUUGUAAAUUACUUACCUUCAUGUAUUUCUUCAUUUACAUAAAACGUUUUCGAAGUUUUACAUUCUUAUAGUUUUAAACUUUAAAUAAAAAACAUGGCCGAGGAACUAAUGAACCGAUUAAUUAAUGCUGUUGAUAAUCUAAGAGAGGGAAGUCAACUCCGAAAUCAAAAUAACAACAAUAACAAUCAAGAGUUAAGAGGUAAUGGACAGACCAUAGAAAAUACAAUGAGGCGCCUCUAUCCAAGCACUGAUUCUGACCGGAGCUAUGUACCUAGUGUUAGAAACUUCGAGCCAUCGACCAACUAUCGACCGAAGAAAGGAAAGAAGAACCUGGGUAAAAAGAGAAAGCAGAUCGAUAAUUCUGCUGAUAAAGGGAAUUCCAACAAAGAAAAACCUGUUUUGCGCGAUGUGAUUCUUUUGCCAUCGCCGAAAAUCGUUGAUGUGCCACGUGGGUUGAAGCGGGAGAAAUUGUAUACGCAAGGAUGUUGUAUUUCUGCUUUUGAAAUCUGCGAUAGCCACUCUGAAAAGGAAAUCAGAAAUAAAAUGAUCACUGCAUUUGGUGAAAAGUUGAAAGGUUUGCCAGAUCCAAAAUUCAAAUUUGUUAGAGCAGUUGGAAACAAAAUAGUUGAUCCCUCGUGUGAAACAUACACCGGAAAAGUCUUAAAAUACUUAAACAAGCAGGGACCAAUAUAUGUUCGUGCUGUGUCAGCAAUUUUUCAAGAGGACUUGAGCAAUCCGUGGAGCGAUGAUGACUCAAGUAUUGCAGACCAAGUGGAGGAUUUGCCAUUGGAAAGUAGUGAUGACGAAGUUCUGCUUGUGCAUGCAUUCCAACAGAGUAAGAAAGAUAACACUAAGGCUAAAGUUCAUGAUAGUGACCAAGGUGAAGCAAGUACCUCUGGUGUCACCGCAAAAAAAAGCAAGUGCCCCACAUGCUACAGAAGUUUCCCUUUAACUGAGAUUGCAGAACAUGCUGACACUUGUGCAGAAUUAGCAGAUGGCUUUUCCUCCAGCAGGCAAACAUAUGGAGAUUUACUAAUGGAAUUUCCAUGUGAUGACAUUAUUGAUGUGGAUGCAGAAACAAGUUGUGUUGCUGAAGAAGUGCCAAAGAAUGAUCAAAUUAAUCUUCAGGAGUGUUUAGAAGCUCUCCAGAAGAAUAUUCAUGAAGCAAGAAGUACCAUAUAUGUUCGUCGCAAACUGCUAUGGGAAGAUUAUGUAGAUGCUAACAAUCACAACAAGUGGUUUAAUCCUCAAAAUUCUCUCAAGGUCAACUUCAUUGGGGAGAAGGCUGUGGAUGGUGGAGGACCGAAACGAGAAUUUUUUUGCGAAACCAUGAAACAAAUGGAAAUUCGCUUGUUCAGUGAUGGAAUUCCAGUUAAAAGCACAAUGGCUCUAACUGAGGGACACUUCAAAGUUGCAGGUCUACUGAUGGCCUCAAGUGUUCUGCAAGGUGGUCCAGCUCCUAACUUUUUAGCCAAUUGGGUGUAUCAGUUUAUUUCAGGUGGCCUUGAUGCAGUGACCAUUCAAGUCAAUGAUGUAAAAAGAGAUUCUCUUAAAGUUGCAGUAGAAAAGAUUGCAAUUGCCACAUCUGAUAGUGAGCUGCAAGAAAUUCUGCUCGGAGAUGAAGUGAUGGCUGAGUUAGAUAGAAUAGGUUAUAGAAGAAUUCCAACCAGAGAAAGUGUUAAGAACAAGGAAAAUCUAAUAAGAUGCAUUUGUGUGAAUGAGGCUGUGGUCCCAAAGAUACCAAUGCUUAACCAAUUAGGAGAAGGUUUGGAACAGUAUGGGCUGUUACAUGAAAUUCGAAAAUACCCAGAAUUAUUCAAACCAAUAUUUACAGCAAAUAGCAGCUUUGAUAUCACAGCUGAUGACCUCAUCCAGCGAUUAGUUGUACAUUUUAGUGAACAACAGCUUUUGAAAUCAAAAGAACAGGACAUAUUCAAAUACUUUACAGAUUUCAUCCAGACUUUGUACUAUGAAGGUAUAUGUGAGGCUCCAGACUUGAAACUGAAGGAUGUGUUGAAAUUUAUUACUGGUUGUGAAUCUAUUCCACCCAUUGGUUUUCCUUGCUCUCUUAAUGUCCAUUUCAGGCAUGAUUGCCCCAGUGGUUGCAAGUGUAGACCAACAGCAUCUACUUGUGCUUUGGUGAUAAUACUACCAAUUCAUUCAUGCUCAUCUCAAGAACUUGGUGACCUUCUUAUCUCUGCCCUGUGCGACUGUUGUGGCUUUGGAAAUCUUUAGAUUCCUGCUGAAUUGCAAUCUAACUUUAUUAACAGCUGGCUUGAAAAUUGUAACAAGAAUAAUAAAAGCAUGACAUUUGGCAAAUUUUUGGGGAGCUGGCAAAAUAGCAUUGUUCUAAAUGUCAUGCAAAGGAAUUUUUUUUAUUUAUGCAUCUUUGUUAUAGCUAAUGAGUUGCUGGAAAAAUAUAUUAAAGUUGCUGAUUUACUGAACUAAUUUUCCCAAGGCAUUUUGUAUACCUGCACUGACUGCACAUGCUUAUGAUUCUUAAGUCAAUACUGCCUAAAUAUUGCAAGCAUUGCCAAAUGUUAUGCUUUUAUUAGGGGUGACAUCCAUACUUGUACUGCACCUACCCAUGGUAGUAGCAUGGUAGUAUGAGUGUAGAUGUCACCCUCAUUCAGUUUUAAAUUUCAUACUAAGUUAUUAAGUUACUAAACAAAUGGCAACUAUUGUUUAUUAAUGUUAUUGUUGGUGUUCAUUUGUGCAUGUCUUUACUGCACAUUUUAUGUUUCAGUUGUUUAUAUUUACAAAAGGUCUUUUCUCUAAGAUUGACAACUGUUGUCUAUUCAAGGAGUAUUCCUAUUACCAUGUUGUGUUUAGAGUUCAGACAGAGCCAAAUACAUUUCAUGUGUCAGCUUAACUAAAUGGCUUGCUUGCUUCUGUUUGCCUAUUUCCAAUAUGUAUUUCUCAUAAAGCAAUAUUCUUGUCACUAAUCUAUUUCUUGUUGGAACUCUUCUACAAGGUUUAUAGAUCUCUUAUACAGGGUGAUUCCAAAGUUUCCAUCCUCAUUUAGAGGGUCUACAUGACUGUGGAGGAAUACUUCCUCUUCCUCAGAGAGUUCAACAAGAGAUCUUGGUACAACCACAUGAUUAUUUGUUUGCAAUUGUGGGGUAGGCCCAUCAUCAUCCACACCAUACUCAUUGAAGUUGACUGUUUCAAAAUCCAAAACAUCUCGAACUGCUCUGUAGUCAGACUCAGCAAAUUCAUAAAAACCUGCUGUCCAAAGUUGUAAUGGACUCUGAUUUCCCUC